AUGUCGCUGUUCUCAGGCUUGGUGUUGGCUGGCAUCUCGACUGCCGGGGCUGUUCGGCUACCUUCGACAACUCCGGCAGCUUCUCUCUGGUCUGCCCCUUUCUCAGCCCAUGGACGUGGCGUCCCUGCUGGCUCCGCUGCUGUCUCCCCCCCCCCUUCUGCCGGUUUGUCCGCAAUGCGUCAUGGCCUGACCCCACGAGACUUCUUGCCGAGUACCUCACGAAAGCAUGCGGGUUGUUUGGCAGCUCUACUACUCGACGUGAAUCCGCUUGUUUUGUCGGACAUUUCUACACCUUCAGCUUCCCUUUCUCCCUGUGUGCAUCCAGAUACCCCGGUAUGCUCGUCAGCUUCCCUGUUAGAUCGAAAAGUAGCUUCGUCCUCUGUUGCGGCACUCCAAACGGGACUGUCUGGAUCAGGCGAUGUUCCUGAGAGCGCUUUAACAAGGCGUGCAGAGUCGAGGACGUGGGCGCCUAGCGAUGCCCUCAGCCAGGUUUUCGGGGGCGCCACAGCGCCGGGGAUCUCUUCCCAGUUCCCUGUGCUUCCCCUCCUAAAGUCGUUCUCAGGAUCUCUCUCUCCGCCUUCUCCGAAAGGUUUGAGAGACCAGGAUGGCGAGGAACACUUGAUUCAGGAGGAGGCAGAGAAUGGGAAAGAUGUCUCGCCGUCUCCUGGAGAAGCCAAGCGGACCAGCCAUUUGUCCGCUGAUGCUCUCCUGACCGAAGCUGGAAAUAACUCUCGGGAAGAUCCACGAAAGCGCACAGGGCGCCCGCAUGUAGACGCAAGAUCGACGCAUCUGCAAGCGGCGAUCCACGCAGCUGUGGGGCUGGCGGUUUCUGACGCACUCCGCCAGGUUGCCAAGCUGAACGACGAGCUUGAGGAGCUGAGCCGAACGCUUCUUCGUAUGGAUCGAGGAGACGCGGGCGAGAAAGGCCCCGAGAAGUCUGCGGAGGGCAGUGUAGCGCAAGAACUUUCUUUUGAGACGCUAGAUAGCAUUAAGCUUCCGCUAGAAGGCUCUACAGCACAGAAAGUCCUUGCGGGAGCGCGACAGUCGUUUCGGAACGCAGCCAACGCUUCGCUUUCUGCGUCGGCCCAGGACUCCGCGGGGUUGCAAGGACUGCAGGAGACCGAGGUAGCAACGGAGUUGAGAGAGGGAGAGGAACGUUUACUUUCUAUUGUUGAUUCCGCUCUACGAAGCAUCUUCCAGGAGCAGAUGAAUCUUCUUGUCUUCCACAUUCUGCAGUUAAUGCCUUCGUCUGUGCCUGCGUCUCCUGUGCCUGGAGCCCACGCCUCAGAGAAGAGAGGUCAUCAAUCAAGCUCUUUCCACCAGGGAGGAGAACGUAAUCCACCGUCUCCUGUAACGGCUGGCCUCCAGCAGUUCGAGAACCUGCUGAAGCGUUCUGUGCCUGCCGCAGAGCAGAGAAAGCGCUGGGGAGCAAAUCCACUCCGCCUCCAGCUGCAGAGGCAGCUGCUCAAGUGGGAGAAGGAACGAAACGCAGAGAGAAGCAGAGACACGCGACAAACUCGGAGUCAGCAGGCUCUUUUGCAAGUCCUCCAAAGGCAACAAGAACAACUUGAACAGCUUCAGCAGCACAUCCAGCAGUCUCAACAGCCAACGCCUCUGUCAUUCGGCGCGGCCUAUCGAGUACCGGACACGAAUCUACAGCUCGCAGCUGCCGCCAGACAAGGGAAACUUCACCUCAAUUUGAGCUGCCUCCCAGACGAAGCUGCAGCAGCUGGAGCGGCGGGAGGCAUUCUGGGAAGCCAGGGCUUUGUGAAGGGCGUCGAAGCAGCUGGUAACUUGGGAGUGAGUGUAAACUUUGGACUCUAA